AUGCCCGACCCCAUCCGCACCGCGCGCGUCGCGAGCGGCUCGGACGCCGACGCCGCGCCCGAUGGCGUCAACGCCGACGCGAGCGCGUCGCUCGAGCGCGCGCUCGCGCUCGAGCGCGCGAAAACGACGACGCUCGAGGAAGAAUUACGACGCGUGCGCUCGAGCGCGGAAAAACUCGCGCAGACGGUCGAAGCGGAGGAGGAGUUCCUCGUGCGCACGCUGAAUAAAAAGCUCGACGCUCUCACGCACGAGAACGCGACGCUGACGCACGCGAUGCGGACGCAACGCGUGGACGACGCGCUGGAACGGCGCCUGCGAACGCUGCAAGAGGAAAAGGUGCAGAUGGAAAACGCGUUGGAACGCGAACAAGAGUGCAUGAUGCACCGCCUGACGUCGGUGUUGGAAAAUUUGGGACGGGAGAAUCAAAGCGUGAGCAAAGAACGGGAUCGGUUGAGCUUUGAGACGGCGCGAUUGAGGGAGGAGAAGGUGCGAAUGGAAAACGCGUUGGAGAGCGAGGAGGAACACAUCGUGAACUUGCUGCAAGGACAGAUAUCGCUGCUGCUGAAGAGGAACAGGGCGCUGGAGAGACAGGUGAGAGCGCUGGGGGGGAUGGUGAGCGAUAGCGAUUACGUCAGCGACGAUCCCGUGAUGUCGCCCAAACGCGCGUCCGGGCAAUUCGCCUUCGGGUCGGCGAGAGACGCGUUCGCGAAUCGUAAGACGCGCCCCGCGGGGUCGUCCGUGCCGACGUCGCCUUUCGAGAGCGAUCGUUCCAUGAGUCCGUCGCGUCGAGGCGUCGAAGCGCGUCGAACGUCGAACGCGUCGGCGAGAUCGAUAAGUUCCGAGUCGCGCUCGCCUCGAACCAGCGUCGACAGAACCUCGUAG